UGAGCCUGUGAGCAUGAGGCAGUCAGGAAACAUUCAGCAGAAGAAGUGCCUUCACUGCUUGGCUGCAUUCUCGCAACAGAUCUGGGUCAAGAAGGCAGCAGGCCAUGCAUAAAAUCAGAGACUAGAGGAGAUAAUGGUGCCCAGCUACUCGUAGGAACUGAAGAGCGUUUUCACUGCUUUCUAUAAUAGGUUUUUUAAAUUCAUCUUAACUCUAUUUUUCAAACAUGGGGUGCUCCUCAUCCAGUGCACAGACUGUUGAUCAAGAGAAAAGACCAGGUACAAAGCCAGAGGAGAGCAAUGGAGAUACCGUGGCAGUCAGAAAUGGCAUCAUCGCAGAAGAUGCACAAACCAUCGAGGACCAGAUGCAGUUGCCUGUGCAGACUGCAUUACCGGACGAUCUUCAACCAGGAACCGAUGAUGAGACGGACGUUGUGUUAGUAGCCCUUGAGGCACAAGAGGAUCUUGGCUCUGGGGAGGACCUCCUGUCUGCUUCUGAGCCUCAGCCAGAUCCUGUUGUCCCUGCAGAGCCAGCCCCAGAGGCUGCUGCUCCAGCUGAAGCCGAUACUGAACCUGAGGCUGCUGUAGAGGUGGUGGAGACACUACCCCAUGUGGAGGAAGCUGUCCCUGUAGAAACUGUUGUGGUUGAGGCCGCUCCUGAGGUCAAAGCCUUAGUUGAGGUUACAGAGGAGGCCCCUGCUGUUGAAUCUGUUGUAGCUGUGCAGACAGAGGCCCCUGCUGUUGUUGAGGAGGUGGCUGCUGAGCCAGCGGAGGCUUCUCUUGAAGUUGCCACACCUGCUGUUGAACCUGUUGUAUCUGAGCCAGCAGAAGCCCCUGUGAUUGUGGAAGAGGCAGCAGCUGUAGCGGCUGAGGCCCCUGCUGAAGUGGCUAAUCCUGUGGAGGCAGAGGCUCCAACUGACAAUGCUGCACCAGCAACUGAAGCUGCAGCCCAAGCACCAACUGAAGCUACAGCACCAACUGAAGCUGCAGUCCCAACUGAAGCUACAGCACCAACUGAAGCUACAGCACCAACUGAAGCUGCAGUCCCAACUGAAGCUACAGCACCAACUGAAGCUGCAUCACCAACUGAAGCUACAGUCCCAACUGAAGCUGCAGUCCCAGCACCAACUGAAGCUACAGCACCAACUGAAGCUACAGCACCAACUGAAGCUACAUCACCAACUGAAGCUACAGCACUAACUGAAGCUACAGUCCCAACUGAAGCUACAGUCCCAACUGAAGCUGCAGUCACAGCACCAACUGAAGCUACAGCACCAACUGAAGCUAUAGUCCCAACUGAAGCUGCAGUCCCAGCACCAACUGAAGCUACAUCACCAACUGAAGCUACAUCACCAACUGAAGCUACAGCACCAAUUGAAGCUACAUCACCAACUGAAGCUGAAGCCCCAGCACCAAUUGAAGCUGCAGCUGAAGUUGUAGUAUCAGAUGGGGCGUUAGCACCAAGUGAAGUCUCAGCACCUGUCGAUGUAGCACAGCAUCUAAUAGAUACAAAGAUUGCUGCAGCAACUGUUCCAGAGAUGCCUCCAUUAUCUCCAGUCGCUGUUGAGGCCCAAGCUAUUGUUGAGGAGGCAAAAGUUCCAGCAUCUGUACCAGCAGUGUCAGAAACCUCUUCAGCAGCACCUGUGGUUGAGUCCACCUUCAGCCCCAGCUCCUGAGUCCUCACCUCAAGUGAUGUCCCAAACUGAGGUUACAGAGAGCGUGAAAGCCAAAAAGGAGGAUUGAGUUGAGAGGAGAGAUACACCAAAAUAACAAAACCCCCAAAGCUACGAUUGAACGGAAACUGGAAGAAAAGCAAGACAAAGAAAUAAACUCUAGAUUUUCAGUGUUGUCAUCAGCGCUCACCAAACUGUUCACCAGAUACAUUAAUAUGCAUGGUGCCUUAAUAUCAUGUCAUUAGGAUAUUUCCUACAUUUGUAAAUAUAAACCUUUUUAGAAAGUUUUUCUACUGAGACCUUUAGUGCCUGGAGACACAUACUCUACAUGCAGGCCUAUGCAAAGAACUUGCUACAAACACAUGUAGACAGGUGAGACAAGAGGGUGCAAUAUUCUGUGAAAUCUGUGAACUCUGGUGACAGUGUGAUGAACUUGGGAAGGAUACUUGCCAAGUAAAUCAUUGAUUAUUUAAAAUAGCUGCUUCUGAGGAAUACAAGCCAAACAUAACUGUGAAUAAGAUUAUGCAAAGAGUUUGAGGUGACA